AUGGCUGCUCCUCUGUACGAUCGCAGCAACGCUCCGGACUUUCUUGAUGUAGACCAACCCUGGUACUAUCCCAAUCGCCGAGGAUACCUCUUUGAGCUGCUCCUCAAAGGAGGAUAUCUACCACUAGAGCACCCACACGCAGACUUCUACCACGCAAUGAACGACGCGUUCACAGCCAACGUUCCAGCGUAUGGGGAACAAACUUUCCAGCUACGAUAUGCAGCUAACUUCGCUGUCUUUUGUCUGUUUGGUAGGUACUUAUCACAUCUUAAUCUCCUUGACCUCAUGAUUAACGUGAUUCUUCUCGAAGUGCCACCAGAACUUAGGAACGCGGAGGCCUUUGGUUGGGAAAGACCUGAGCCUAUGCCUGAAUGGAGACUGCGACAGAGAAGGAACGCGUUAGCGCGUGCCCGGGCAGCUGCUCAGAUGUCGAUUCGAGAGGAAGCUGCUGCUGCGGCGGCGGCGCAGAGUGAUCGACAUCGCUCGGUGUCGAUAACGGAUAGUGCUACUUAG